AUGACGCUUCUCUCAACCACAGUCCCGCAUCUCCAAGCCGCCUGGGAUGUCCACCCUUACCUCCUCCUCUCGGUUCCUUUUGCCCUCUACCUCCUCAUCUCCAAUGUCCGAUCCUAUCUCAAACUCCGACACAUCAACGGCCCGUUCUUGGCGCACUUCACCUACGUCUGGUUCGUGGGCAGUGUCGCCCGAGGAAAGAUGCUCAGCACUCUCCAGGAACUUACCUACAAGUACGGCCCUGUCUGUCGCAUUGGCCCGAACGAUCUUCUCGUCGGCGACUUUGACGAGGUUGUCCGCAUCAACGGGGUGCGGUCACCCUAUGUGAAGAGCGAUUGGUAUACUACUAUCCGGUUUGAUGUUGAUGGGGGGGACUCGGUUGUUUCGUUGAUGGAUACUGCGGAGCAUGAUGUGCGGAAGGCAAAACUGAUUAAGGGGUAUGAAGGGAGGGGGAAGGGGCAGGAUAAGGGGUGGAUGGAUAAGGUUGUGGAUAAGCAUUUGGUGGAGUUGGUGAGGUUGUUGAGGGAGAAGUAUGUCAAGCAGGGGAGGGAGAUUAACUGGACGAAUGUGAUGAGAUAUUUUAGUGCGGAUGUUAUGGUGGAGGCUUUGAUGGGUGAGGCAUGGGGAGACCUUCAGACGGAUAGUGAUAUUCACAAGUUCUUCGAAAUGUCGGAUUAUUCUACGCCUUACAUCCAUACUGUUGGAAGUUGGGGGAGUCUUAGGUGGCUUACGAGCAGCUGGUGGUUCAUUCGCAAGGCUGGGCCGAAGGUGACGGAUGAUCAUGGUUUGGGCAAGUUCAUUUCCCUGGUGAGAGAAGAGGUCUCAAAGCGUUUUAGGGAUCCCGAAUCCAAGAAGGGCGAUAUGUUGGCCGACUGGAUCUCUCAAGGGCUUACCUCACGCGAAUGCGAGCUUGAUGUCAUCCUCGGCGUGAUAGCAGGGGCCGACACCGUUGCCGUGCCCAUGCGAACCAUCUUCCUCUAUCUCAUCACCUCUCCACUCGUCUAUUCCAAGCUCAAAGACGAGAUCACAACCGCCAUCAAGACCAGAGCCAUCUCAGAACCCAUCACAAACCAACAGGCUCUCAAACUACCGUACAUGCAAGCUGUUAUUCACGAGGGCCUCCGCAUGAUGCCCAUCUCUGCUUUCGGCUUCCCCAAGAGAGUACCCGCGGAGGGAGACAUGAUUUGUGGCAUACACGUCCCUGGUGGAACAGACAUCUUCCCUAACAACCUCGCCAUUCAACGAAGCAAAAAGGUGUUUGGGGAUGACGUCGACGUUUUCCGGCCAGAGAGGUGGUUGAUUGAGAACACCCGAGGACCGGAACACCGCAGCUUGAUGGUCCGACACAUCGAAGUCAUCUUUGGUCAUGGUAGAUGGCAAUGCCCGGGGCGGAUGCUUGCUUGGGUUCAGCUGAACAAGGUCUUUGUGGAGGUUUUGAGGAACUUUGACUUUCAGGUUGGCAACCCGAGAGAUCCUUGGAAAUUGGGGGUUUAUAGUUCGGUCACUGUUGGUGACUUUUGGGUGAAAGGUGUUGAAGCAAGGCCAGAGUAAUAGGAGUCGGAUAAACAGUAAUAGCUACAGACGGAA